CUCUCGAAUCAAACUUUUCUAUUAGGUCCAUUCUCGGUCAUAAGAAUGAAACUGGACCUUUGAAUGAAAAUCAAAGCAGUGCAGUUUCUGAUUUGAAACGUCCGAAAUUUUCUUACGACUCUUUGAUCAUGAUGGCGAUAAAAGCAAGCCCCAAUGGACGUUUGACUCUUGCAGAAAUUUAUGAAUUCAUCAAUAAAAAUUUCGAAUAUUAUCGGACAUAUCAAGCAGACUGGCAAAAUGCAAUUCGUCACAACUUAAGCGUCAGUGAAUAUUUCAUCAGAACACCUCGUGGAUACGAUGAACCUGGCCGUGGAGGUUAUUGGAGUCUCUCACCCAUAGGCAAGCAACUAUUCAUAGGCGAUGAUACGGGAAGAUUGCGUCAGCCUGCAGCUCCCCCGAUGAACUACCAUUUCACAACCGUGCCACCGAUGCAACAAGUGGCAUACCAAUGCGGCAACUGUGGUUUAGUUGGAUGCAUGUGUUAUCAAACAGCAACAAUCAUACCACAAAUGCUCCCAGAGUAUUUCAAUAUGACACAUAGACAUCAGAUGCCCAAGCCAUAAUAAUAAGUGUAAGAUAGUGUAAGAUAUUUAUUGACCUGAUAU